AUGCAAACUCAUAGUUUGAAUAGGCAAGCGCUUGUGAACAGCGGCUCCAACAGUUCUAACAACAGUGCGUCUGGUGAAGGAAAUGAGCGAGCACCGAAUAGUGGCGCAAGUACUCCAUCCAAGUACCGACAGCAACCCUCCACUCCUCGUGACUCCAAGAAGAGAAACUUGCCCUCCGAUGCAAAAAGAAAAUUGUCCUGUUCCGCAACACGCCCUGGAAGUUCAGCGGAGCCACAGGAUGAUGAUGAUGAGGUGGACAUAGAAUCAACCGCAGGAGGAUCCUCUAGCAUGGACGCUUUCAAACUUUUCGAAGUUCCUGGACGAAAGUCCAUGCACACUUGUCCCUUCGAAGGUUGUCAGCAUCGCUAUGCAACUGGCGAGGAAAUGGAGUAUCAUAAAGCUACAGCACACGGAAAGAGAGCUGUCAUGUAUGAAGCUAUCUGCUGUCAAACGGACAUCUCUGCUUUGCGAAGACGCUCUGUACAAACCGAUGUUGAAGGACUCAUAGUGGAAGAGCCUCCUUGCCCAGUGGCAACGGCAGCAGUAGAAUGUCCAAAGGAGAGCACUCCCACUCUACCAACGGCAGCAGAAGCGAAAGUUGAAGAUCCACAACCAACGAAGUCGCCAGCGGGUUACUCGGACAUUUCUGAUGAUGGCGUCGCUCCACAGUUGCAGAAGGAAGAGCCUACUAGUGACGUCCGUGCACCUCUUCUCAUUUCCACAACGCUUCCUCCAACUACAGUGACUGGACCUGCAAACGUACUUACUUCACCAGAAUUUGCUCCUAGCCCGAAAGAAAAGGAGUCUGCGCCAGAAGCUGAACAGCCCACUUCUCAACAGCACAAGCCUUCUCGUCCUUCUUCUAUGCCAGUGGCACCAGCUACGCCAACUGCUCCACAGUCCUCGUUUCAGCCGGUGUCAGCUGAUCGCAAUCGAAGUACUAUGAAUGGUACUGGAGUUAGUCCUGUAUUGAAUUCCGUUGGAACACCAACGUCUGUUUCGGCAAUAUCGGCGUCAGCUCGCUGUGUGUUGCUUUCUUUCGAGAAUUUUGUCAUGUAA